UUUUUUACAAUAGAUUACAGUAGUUAAGAUUUCAUAUAGUGUGAACUGGAAUCCAUAUUAGGUCCCAUUGGCACGUCAGCUUCCAUGUAUCUCAUUUCAUUUCAUUUCAUUUCAUUGUACCUGUACUGGUGAUAAUGCUUAUGGAGAAUUUGAUGCCUGAGUGACAUGACAGUUUUAUGAAGAUUGUAAGACACUGCUUUGCUAUAAUAAAAAACGUUUUAAAUACCAUUUGAAAGCAAAUGAAUUUUUGCACAAAUGUGUGCCUUAAAAGAUCUGAGUAGUUGAGUACCAUGAAACUGUUUUUGAAGAAAAGGAAAGAAAACGAUGCUAUCCACAGUUGCAUGAUAAUGAAUGGCUGUCCAGAGUAAAAUAUGUUGCUGAUUUGUAUUUCACUUGGAUGAGUUAAAUGCAAGGUUUAGAGAAGCUGACAUUGUUCAGAAUCAUAAAAGGUUUUGAAAAUACAACAUUAUUUGAACAGUUCUACAUUAAAUUAGUUUCCUUGACAUGAUAAUCAUCCAAAUUGUCUUACAGUUCUUGAGUCCCCAGAGGAACAACAUUUGAAAGCUUUCUCGUAUAUUAGUGCAGUCAAAGAAAGACACUCCUCAAGAUUUUCAGGCUUCCAUCUUUACUAGCAAUAGCAAGGUUCUUGAAGUAUUCACAUGCUGUGCAACUGGAAAACUUCAAACUUGAAGUGUUCAACAGGAUUAAAUUAACUCAUUUUAAAAUGCAAUUAAUUCAAUUUCAGGCUAGUUGAAUUUAUUGUUAAAAGACUAUUGAAGCAAGAGAGACCAAAGAAAUUGAAUACAUAUGUUUAGAUGUGCUGGAACCUUAAACAUAAUGCAAAGUUGCACAUGAAAUGAAAAAAGUUUGGAAUGCCAAGCAAGCAAUAUUUUGCGAGUCCAAGCAACUGCACUGACGUUGGUUUCAGUUUUUUUUUAUCUGCAUACACUCGUGAAUGUUUAUACUUUGACUAAUUUCGUGAAAAACGAUGUCAAAAAUACACUUAUUGAUUCAAUAGGUGUUGAUCUUGUGUCGUGACAGCAUCGCCGUGGGUGCGCGGUCUAGUACAGAGCGGUACAGACCAUGAAUCGGUGAACUGUCUUCGCCCGCUCCAACACCGGCGAGCUGGAGAACACUGGGGUCCUGGUUUCGAAUCUGCAAUUGACAUGCCAUUAGAAGCACAUCUGUUGUUUAUCUAUGGGAUUCUGGGAUAAACUGGUAAACCUUCUAGGACUUAAGAAGAAAGAAGUGAAUAUAUUAGUAGUUGGUUUGAACAACAGUGGAAAAUCUACAAUUAUAAAUCAUUUCAAAAAUGAAGAAGAGAAAUUACCAGAAAUUGUACCAACAGUGGGCUUCAAUGUAGAAAAAUUUAAGAAUCGGAAUGUGGGAUUCACUGCAUUUGACAUGUCUGGGCAAGGCCGGUAUAGAGACCUCUGGGAGCAUUAUUACAAGGACUGCCAAGGUGUUGUAUUUGUUAUAGACAGUAGUGAUCGUCUGCGUCUUGUUGUUGUGCGAGAAGAACUCGAUCUUCUGCUUCAGCAUCCAGACAUUUCUGGACGAAGAUUUCCUGUCCUGUUCUUUGCAAACAAAAUGGAUGUACGGGAUGCUUUGUCCAGUGUAAAAAUUGCCGCAGGUCUGGGAUUAGAACGAAUUCUAGAUAAACCAUGGCACAUUUGUGCUAGCAAUGCCCUAACUGGAGAGGGUUUACAAGAGGGUGUAGAAUGGCUUACACAGCAAGUCAGGGAAGUGGUCAGUAAUAGAUCUUGAAUCAUAUAUAUCACAUUCCUAAAAUAUGAAGUCAGAACAUUUGGAGAUUUGAGCCAGCCAUCUCUGUUUUCUAUAGGUGUUAGUCAUAUGUGGUAGCUGUUUCAGUCUACAACCGCACUUCGGCUGUCACUUCUCGCAACCGCUGUUCGCUACUUAUCGUGACCGUUGCCUGUCUAUCUUUAUGUUUAUUUAUUUGUUUGCCCGCUUCGGUAGAACACUUGACUCAUUUAUUUCCCGCUUCAGUAGAACACUUUAGACUCUUCUCAGGGUUGUGUCACGGUAAUAACUGGGGCGACAAGGAGACUACACAUUUAAAGCUAGUCCACUGAUAGAAAUAAAAUACUCUAUUUCUGCUUAAUCACAAAUUGUUUAAUUCAGAAGCAAACACUAUA